GACGAAGUCACGGUGGAAACCACCCACCCUGAAAAGAACAAAAUGGACAAAUUGAUAGAAAUCCUCAACAGCAUGAGGAACAACAGCAGCGACGUUGACUCCAAGCUCACCAACUUCAUGGAGGAGGCUCAGAACUCUACCAACUCUGAGGAGAUGCUGGGGGAGAUAGUCAAAACCAUCUACCAGAAAGCGGUGACGGACCGCAGCUUCGCCUCCACGGCGGCCAAGCUCUGUGACAAAAUGGCCCUCUUCAUGGUGGAAGGAACCAAAUUCAGGAGUCUGCUCCUCAACAUGUUGCAGAAGGACUUCACCAUGCGGGAGGAGCUGCAGCAGCGGGACGUGGAGCGUUGGCUGGGCUUCAUCACCUUCCUCUGCGAGGUCUUCGGCACCAUGAGGAGCAGCACCGGAGAGCCCUUUCGAGUCCUUGUCUGCCCCAUCUACACCUGCCUCAGGGAGUUGUUGCAAUCUCAGGAUGUGAAGGAAGAUGCUGUGCUUUGCUGCUCCAUGGAGCUGCAGAGCACCGGCCGGCUGCUGGAGGAGCAGCUGCCUGAGAUGAUGACGGAGCUGCUGGCGACAGCGCGCGACAAGAUGCUGUGUCCCUCCGAGUCCAUGCUGACACGCUCCCUGCUGCUGGAGGUCAUCGAGCUGCACGCCAACAACUGGAACCCCCUGACGCCCACCAUCACGCAGUACUACAACAAAACCAUCCAAAAACUGACGGCUUGA